ACUACAAAAUUUCAAUUAAAUGCUGAAGUAACUGCGCCAAAAUUUCCUGGUUUUUUCUCUUGAAACGAACAGAUGUGUGAGCGCGUAUAUACGCAUGUAUAUAUAUGUGUGCGCUCAUGAACAUAGACAAAUCGUAAGUGUAGAGCAAGAGUUGAUAGAAUAUUUGGUUUUCGCUUAGAUUGUAGUUUAAACUUUAGAGAGAGAAGGAUGGGAGGGUGUGUAUCGGGUGAUGUGAAAGGAGGAAAACAAGCCAUUGGAGGGGCCCAACAGAGGCCCACAGAUCCACCAAACAAUGCCGGUCACAAUGACGCUGUCGAUUUCUUCUACCGUUCUCGUGGCCUCCAUCCGCUUUACACCCAAAUUGAGUUGUUUUUAUCAGCUUCAAACUUACUAGAUCGUGACAUCACAUCAAAGAGUGACCCAAUGACAGUUGUAUAUGCAAAGAAAAAGGAUGGAAAACUAGAGGAAGUUGGUCGCACUGAAGUCAUUUUAAACAACUUGAAUCCUUCUUGGAUCAAAAAGAUUACAUUUGCUUAUCAGUUUGAGAUAGUGCAGCCUCUAGUCUUUCACAUCUAUGAUAUUGAUACCAAAUAUCACAAUUUACCUGUGGAGUCAUUGAAGUUGAAUGAUCAAGAAUUUUUGGGAGAAGCCACUUGUGUUCUAUCUGAGAUAGUGACGAAACAGAAUCGCAAAUUAACCCUGAAUCUCCAUAACAGAAAUGGGCAGGAAGCCUUGAGAAAUUUUGGUACACUCACUAUCCAAGCUGAGGAAACGGUUGCUUCCAGGACUGCUUUUGAAUUGACAUUCCGUUGUUCCAACCUAGAUAACAAAGAUGUAUUUUCUCUUAGUGACCCUUUCUUAAGAAUCUCUAGAGUAGUUGAGAGUGGAGGUUCCAUACCAAUAUGCAAGACUGAGGUGGUUAAUGAUAAUCUCAAUCCAGUUUGGAGGCCUCUACAUCUGAGCAUGCAGCAAUUUAAAAGCAAGGCGAACCCACUAGUUAUUGAGUGUUUUGAUUUUAACAGCAGUGGCAAUCACAUCCUUAUUGGGAAGCUUCAGAAAUCAGUGGCUGAUCUGGAAAAACUUCAUAGAGAAAAAUGUGGUGCAAAUUUUGUCUUACCAUCGCGCCGAGGUCAUGAGAAGGUUCUGAAAGGUCAGCUGUUUGUGGAUCAGUUUCUGGAGAAGGAAGAGUACAGUUUUUUGGAUUAUAUUUCGAGUGGCUUUGAAAUAAAUUUUAUGGUUGCUGUUGACUUUACGGCUUCAAAUGGAAAUCCUCAAAAUCCGGAUUCCUUGCACUACAUUGAUCCUUCAGGCCGCUUGAAUUCUUAUCAGCAGGCUAUAAUGAAGGUGGGGGAGGUCAUACAAUUUUAUGAUUCUGAUAGGCGUUUUCCUGCUUGGGGCUUUGGGGGAAGGACACCUGCUGGUACAGUAUCACAUUGUUUUAACUUGAAUGGAAGUCCAAGUGGCUUUGAGGUUGAGGGGGUUGAACGCAUCAUGGCUGCUUAUGCGACUGCUUUACACAAUGUUGCUCUUGCAGGCCCCACUUUAUUUAGCCAAGUUAUCAACACAGCUGCACAAAUUGCGUGUCAGUCUCUAUCUGAUAGUAACAGCAAGUAUUUUGUCUUGCUCAUCAUAACGGAUGGAGUCCUUACAGAUCUUCAAGAAACUAAAGAUGCUUUGGUCAAAGCGUCUGAUCUCCCACUAUCAAUCCUUAUUGUUGGAGUUGGAAGUGCAGACUUUACACAAAUGGAGAUCCUUGAUGCUGAUAACGGAUGCCGAUUAGAAAGUUCUACUGGUAGGGUAGCUACCCGAGAUAUAGUACAAUUCAUUCCGAUGCGAGAAGUGGACAGUGGCCAGAUGUCCGUUGUUCAAGCCUUAUUGGAAGAGCUGCCUGGACAGUUUUUGUCGUAUAUGCGGUCUAGAUAUAUCAAACCACUUGCUACAAAUGAUGUACAUGUUAUGAGUUUGAACUCAGGUUCCUAGUAAAAAAAUUACAUUUACAUUUUAA